UAGGAGGCUUUUGUAACAUAAUUAUUUUCGAGAACUUGAGUAACACCAAGAGUACAUUCAAAAUGAUUUCAUCUUCAGAGAGUUGUAUAAAUAGCUCGAGACCCUCACCUUCUUCCUCAAAUCUUCUAAGCCAUCUCUUCUCUCUACUCAAGACUAGCUACUUUAGACCUUGAAGCAUCACCUACAACUCUAACUAUCAUGGAUCACAGAUAUGAGUCUUCCGAGACUCUCAGGAACAAGUGUGCAGCUUGCUAUAGGCAGUUCAACAAAAAGGAGCACUUAGUGGAACACAUGAGAACAUCUUAUCAUUCAGUUCAUGAGCCCAUGUGUGGUGUUUGCAAAAAGCACUGCCGCUCUUUUGAAUCUUUAAGGGAGCACCUUAUUGGGCCACUUCCAAAGGCAGAAUGUGAAAGAAUUUUCAAGGACCGAGGAUGUGAUAUUUGUUUGACAAUCCUUGGUAGCAGGAAUGCUGUACGGGCUCAUAGAGAAUCAUGCCACCCACGUCCAAAUAAUAAUGGAUUGAUUUAUCGCAUGGCUAAUAUGGGAAUUCAAGAUGAACUAAGAAUUGAUAACAGCCGAGGAAGAGUGGUUGCCCUUGCCUGCAAAAUGGUUGGUGGUGGCAGCGAUGGGUCUCUAGAUCUUUGUGCAAGGGUUUGUCUCAUUGAUGAACGUGAAAGGAUCCUCUUUCAAUCAUAUGUCAAACCAAACCUUCCUGUCACUAGCUACAGGUAUGAAACCACGGGCAUAAGACCAGCAUAUUUGAGGGAUGCAAUGCCAUCAAGGAAUGUGUCAAGAAAAAUUCAAGAGUUUCUCUGCAAUGGGGAACCCAUAUGGCAAAUUCGUUCUAAAGGCGGAAGGUCUAGGAUUCUUGUUGGCCAUGGUUUGGAUCAUGAUCUUAAAUGCUUAGAGAUGGAGUAUCCACCAAUAAAGAUGAGGGAUACUGCAAAAUAUCCACCACUGAUGAAAACAAGCAAGCUCAGCAACUCCCUCAAGUACUUGACCAAAGCUUACCUCGGGUAUGAUAUUCAAAGUGGAAUACAAGAUCCCUAUGAAGACUGCGUGGCCACAAUGAAGCUGUACAUGAGAAUGAAAUCACAAUUUCACAGAAAAGAGAACUACCCUCUUGCUACUGAUCCACAAAAUAAAAAUAACUUAGCAUCUUGGAGGCAAAAUGAGCUUGACAGGAUGACUUCAGAGCAACUGUUGGAUUUAUCAAGGUGUGAUUAUUAUUGUUGGUGUUUGGACUCACAAGAUUAUUAAUUGGAGACGAAUGACGGAAGAAAAAAAAAGAUAGAGAUAAAGUGACAAUAUUCGAUAUGUGUUGUGGAUUCUUAUUAGAAGAUAUCGAGGAUUCAAAUGAUAUUCAUCAUGAAGUAAAUUUAGUAGUUUUGUAUGCCUACUUGCUAUUGUAAGAAUUACAGUUGAAAUAAAAAUGAUUUUAAUUAGUUGCUAAAUGAGGGAGUACGACUCUUUUAUGUCGAUGCAUAAUAUAUAAGUAUAUCUUUCGUCCUAAAAAAUUGGGAUCAACUAUAUGGAAUCCGACUCCUCUCCGAUUCGCUUCUCUUCAUUUUUUUCAAGUUCUUGUUUUGACACAUGUCACGGUUAAAAUUAAUGGUCUAGAUUUAAUUAAAUAAAGUAAAAACUCUAACCAUAGUUAGAAUAAUUAAUUACUUCCAUUUAUUUGCUCCCAAAAUAUAUUUUUACAAUCCCACAAUUUUAAAUCUACAUUAUAUUUUUUCUAAAUAUAUUAAAACUUUUCUUUCUGGGCAUGAAUAAAUUUUUGCGGUGAAUCGUUGUUUUUUUUUUUUUUGGCUACUUUUUUUCUAUCCCUCGAUAUUGAAGCUCAUCUCAUAGGUAUAUACUCACCUUCUCAUUCGAAGAUGGAAAAUUAGAAGUAAACUCCAACCUAUGAAUUAUGAUGAUAUAAUU